GUGGGCGACGGAACCAAUUUUGUGAUCCUCUUCGCCGGUUCUCUACUGGAAAGCGCCGAAGAAUUGAUUCGUAUGGGUCUUAAGCCGACUGAGAUUAUCGAUGGCUACGAAUUGGCUGUGAAUAAAGUGUUGGACGAGAUUUUGCCCAAACUGUCAGUUCAUGAGGUGAAGAAUGUGUUGGAUCUGAAGGAAGUGAUGAAAGCCAUUCGCUCUUCAGUGAUGAGCAAACAGUACGGCAACGAAGACUUUCUAUCGGAACUGAUAGCGAAAGCGUGUGUUUCGGUGAUCGGAGACAACAAAGCCUUCAAUGUCGACAACAUUAGGAUCUGUAAGAUAUUAGGCGCCGGAAUUGAGAGCUCACAAGUGGUUCAGGGAAUGGUGUUUAAGAAAUUGGUCGAGGGAGACAUGACUUUGGCUGAAGCGGCCAAAGUGGUGGUCUACACGUGUCCGGUGGACACACAGGCGACCGAAACAAAGGGAACAGUACUUAUUAAGUCGGCCGACGAGUUG